AUGGCGGGCUCUGCAACAGAGGAGAAAACCUUCCGACGGUUCUUGGAGCUCUUCCUCCGGGAGAUGAGACCCCCUCUCCAGGAGAACGACCCGCUGCCGAUGCGCCCUUUGACAGACCUCAUCUCGGAGGACGAAGUGGAAGGGGAAUGCCUCGACCUGUGUGUUCAACACUUGUACAAAUAUAACUGUCCCUGCUCCCUGGCUGCAGCUCUGGCUCGGGCCACGGCAGACAGCGUCCUGCAGAGUGACCUGUCCAUACACCACGUCAACAAGACAGUGGAGGACGGAGCAGACCCUCUACCCCAGCUGGAGUCAGUGAAGUUAGCGCGGCUGGUCUUUAACAGGCUGUUUGAAAUGUGCUGCCUCUGGCUGAAGGACUUUCCCUACCGCCGUCGGCCUCAGCCCUACUACGAAACCUCAAUUCAUGCCAUCAAGAACAUGAGGCGCAAGAUGGAAGACAAGCACGUCAUCAUACCCGACUUCAACACUCUCUUUAACAUCCACGAUCAGGAGGAGCAGGCUUUCUUUGCAGUGUUUGACGGGCACGGAGGUGUGGAUGCUGCCAUAUAUGCUGCCAACCAUCUUCAUGUUAACCUGGUCCGCCAGGAAACCUUCAGUCAGGAUGCAGGAAAUGCCCUUUGCCGAGCUUUCAAACUCACCGAUGAGCGUUUUGUCCAGAAAGCCUCACGAGAGAAUCUGCGCUGUGGCACUACAGGAGUGGUGACUUUCCUCCGGGGCAAGACCCUGUAUGUGGCCUGGCUUGGCGACUCCCAGGUCAUGCUGGUCCGAAGGGGACAGGCUGUUGAGCUGAUGAAACCUCACAAGCCUGACAGAGAGGAUGAAAAGCAGAGGAUUGAAGCUCUGGGAGGCUGUGUCAUCUGGUUUGGAACAUGGCGGGUCAAUGGCAGUCUGUCUGUUUCCAGAGCCAUAGGCGACUCAGAGCACAAGCCUUAUAUCUGCGGCGAUGCGGACCACAGCAUCUUCCCGCUGGAUGGCUCUGAGGACUACCUGAUUCUGGCCUGUGAUGGCUUUUGGGACACGGUGAGCCCAGACGAGGCUGUGAGGGUGGUCACAGACCACCUCCAGGAGAAUGCUGGAGACACUGCCAUGGUGGCCCAUAAGUUGGUGGCCUCGGCGCGAGACGCGGGCUCCAGCGACAACAUCACUGUCAUCGUGGUCUUCCUUCGGGACCCACGCUUCCCACCACCCACCACUGCUGAGGAGGAGGACGAGGAAGGUGCGGCUGAGCAGGAGGUUGAGGAGGAGGAGGUGGCGGAGGCGGAGGAAGAGGAAGAGGAGGAGGAAGAGGAAGAAGAAGCUGUGAGGAUGGAGCGUGGUGGUGGCGAGGGAGGGAGCACGGCGGACAUUGGGGGGAAGGGCCGUGGUGGUUGGCCCUUGCAGCAGUGCUCCGCACCGGCUGACCUGGGCUAUGAAGACCGCAUGGACUCCUUCACAGAUAGAACCAGCCUUAGCCUGCUGGGGCCCUCACUGGGAGUAGAAGAGGAGGGCAGGAUCAUACUGCCCCCAGCAUCCUCUGUGGGGCCUUCCCUAGGCCUCACCGCAGAUCUCUUCUCAGCCUGGGGACCAGGAGCAGUCUGCCACCACUACCAAGAAGAAGGCUUAUUGAGGCCCAGGCCCAAGUCCUGUGUCCCUGCCUUCCAGGAGCCCAACACUCCUGCCUCUACGGACCCGCUGUGGCCCCAAGUGGCUACCCUGUUGAACCAGGCAGGGAGGCAAACCCGGAGAAUGGUGUGUGCAAGUCCCCGGUGGGGCCCAAAGUGUAUUGGCAGAACCCCAAAGGAGCUGCCAGGGCUGCUGCGCUCUUGUCGCACGGUGCCCUACUCUCACCGCUGGCCUGACCGGAGGCCUGGGGUCGCACUGCCUCACUUGCCCGACGACACCACCAUCUGA